UCUGGACUUUCUGGUAAAGGGUGAGCAUAGCGGUUUUUAAAAAGGGGUGCUGUACCUUUAAAUUCUGAAAGUGAACUUGGCUCAGGAAGGCCAGCAGUCAAGGUCCAGCCCCUAGAAGAGAGAUUAGCUACAGAUUCUCCAUCCUCAGUCUUUGCAAAGGGACGGCUGUGCCAGCCAGGCUCAUGCAGGCUCCUGGCAGCAUGGCCAUGAAGUUCGGGGCCCUCCUGCUGGUCCUUGCGCUCGGCCUGGCACAGCCAGCCUCGGGCCGCCGGAAGCUCCUGGUGUUUCUGCUGGAUGGUUUUCGCUCGGACUACAUCAGUGAUGAGGCCCUGGAGUCCUUGCCUGGCUUCAAAGAGAUUGUGAGCAGGGGAGUAAAAGUGGAUUACUUGACCCCCGACUUUCCUAGUCUCUCUUAUCCGAAUUACUACACCCUGAUGACUGGAGGGGAUGAGAAUUCCUGUAUCUCCUUAUGGAUCUGCGCAGCCCAAGGAUUCUGGAAAGACAAAUUGCUGUCUCUGACUCCAUGUGCGUGCCGCCAUUGUGAGGUCCAUCAGAUGAUCGGGAACUACAUGUGGGACCCGGCCACCAACAAGUCAUUUGACAUAGGUGUCAACAGAGACAGCCUGAUGCCUCUCUGGUGGAAUGGAUCAGAACCUCUGUGGAUCACUCUGACCAAGGCCAAGAGGAAGGUCUACAUGUACUACUGGCCAGGCUGUGAGGUUGAGAUUCUUGGUGUCAGACCCACUUACUGCCUAGAAUAUAAAAAUGUCCCAACGGAUAUCAAUUUUGCCAAUGCUGUCAGCGAUGCUCUUGACUUCUUCAAGAGCGGCCAGGCUGACCUGGCAGCCAUAUACCACGAGCGCAUUGAUGUGGAAGGCCACCACUAUGGGCCCUCGUCACCACAGAGGAGAGAUGCCCUGAAGGCUGUGGACACUGUCUUGAAGUACAUGACCGAGUGGAUCCAGGAGCGAGAGCUGCAGGACGACCUCAAUGUCAUCAUCUUCUCCGACCACGGCAUGACGGACAUCUUCUGGAUGGACAAAGUGAUUGAGCUGAAUAAGUACAUCAGCCUGAAUGACCUGCAGCAGGUGAAGGACCGAGGGCCUGUUGUCAGCUUGUGGCCAGCCCCCGGGAAGCAUUCCGAGAUAUAUAACAAAUUGAGAAGAGUUGAACACAUGACUGUCUAUGAGAAAGAAGCCAUACCGAGCAGGUUCUAUUACAAGAAAGGAAAAUUUGUCUCUCCUUUGACCUUAGUGGCUGACGAAGGAUGGUUCAUAACUGAGAAUCGAGAGCUGCUUCCAUUCUGGAUGAACAGCACUGGCAAGAGGGAAGGCUGGCAGCGUGGAUGGCAUGGCUAUGACAACGAGCUCCGGGACAUGAGGGGCAUCUUCCUGGCCUUCGGACCUGAUUUCAAAUCCAACUUCAGAGCCGCUCCCAUCAGAUCCGUGGAUGUCUACAACGUCAUGUGCAGUGUGGCAGGCAUCACCCCCCUGCCCAACAACGGGUCCUGGUCCCGGGUGGUGUGCAUGCUGAAGGACCCAGUCAGCUCAGCCCCCGCCGCCCUGCCCAGCACCUGUGUAUUGGCCUUGAUUCUGCUCUGGCUGUUGGCCUAGCUGCUCACGAGUGCCCCCAUGGUGGGAGGGUUUUGGAUUUCUAUUGAAUAAUAGCUUCAUUAAUUCAAUCAAAGCCAUAAAAUUGUAAAUAUAUUAUUCUUGGAUGACUCUA